CGUACGUCUAAACCCGGACCGGUGGUGGGCACUCUAUCUCGUCACGGCCUGCAAUUCCAUAGCGUACACCGGACGGGCGCCCCAGCGCUGGACUUUCCCAUCGCAGUUGCUACAGACGCAGCUGCAACAGGCCCGGACGCACGGAACCAGUCACAGUCUGCGCUGACCGAUCGCCGUCGCCACACCGUGCGCCCGGUGGAACUCGAAAUCGUUUCGUGCAGCGAGUGGUCGUAGAUCGUCCGUCCCUGACGGACAUUCCAUCCGCAAACGGUACAAGGAAAAACCCCAAAUUAACGCAAAAGUGAACCGUUCGGAAGCCGGCGUGUGGCGCGAGUCUGUUCGAACACUCGGUGGUGAGGAUCUCCGAAAACAAAACACAAAAACAAAAAGAAAAAUGCCGUACGGGGCAAUAGCCUCGGCGAAGAUACCGUUCGGGAGGUUGUGGCUGUACGGGUUGGUGCUGGUGGGCGGUGUGCUGUGGUGCGGUGGAAACGCUCAGAACUAUAAUACGCCGUCGAAGGCCGUCAGUGAACAGUUGGUUGGCGCGAUUAACGAGCUAGCACGGAGCCUCGGACAGCAGCUCGGGGCGACCGGAGGCAACAGCAGCAAGACGGAACUGUUCUCCCCGGUCAGCAUCGGGAGCAUGAUGUUCUUGCUGUUGCGUGCAGCGAAUCGAGACACGCGCUCCGAGCUGCUCGAUGUGCUGCAGCUGCAACAGUACCGAAAGCCGGGCGGCGGAAACAUACCGAAGAACUUUGCCCGGUUGCUGAAGGAGUUCACGCACGACAUUGCCGGGAAGGGCAUACUGGAGCAGUUGCCGAGCUGGCACACGGCAACCGGAUGCUACCCGACCAUCGAUGGCGUGGACUAUGAGGAUGAUGAUGAUAAAUAUCUCGAUGAACCGAUCCAACCCAACGUGGUGCAGCUCGCUAAUGGGAUCUUUCUACAGAACGGUCUAAUCAACAGUACCAACUUUGUGAAACUGGCCAAAGAGCUGUACCAGGCGCAGAUCGAGCAGGUUAACUUCAGCGAACAACCGCACGCGGCCCGUGCCACCAUCAAUCACUGGGUGAACGAAAGUACGCGAGGCCGCAUCGAGGAGAUUCUUUCGGACGAUCUGGACACCAGCACGCAGAUGGUCAUCGCCAAUGCGCUCUACUUCAAGGCCACCUGGGAAACGUUUUUCAACGAGCCACAGUUCACUCGUCCGCAACCCUUCUUUCCCGAUGGUGAAGACCAUCCAUCCAUAAUGGUACCCACCAUGUUUGCGGGCGGUUGCUACCCGUACUAUGCCUCGCCCGAGCUGAACGCACGCAUUAUGGCCUUCCCGUACCGUAACCGCACCACCUCCAUGUACAUCAUCCUGCCGAACGAAUCGAACCGUUCCAAGCUGCGCCAACUACAGGCGAAGCUAAGCUCGACCGAGCUCGAUCGGUUGAUCGAUCGUAUGCGAAUGGCUAAGGCGAUCGUACAGUUCCCGCGGAUGCACGUCACCAACACGUACGAUCUGAAGCGGGCACUGCAGCAGCUCGGUCUAAGGACACUGUUCGAUAGGACGAAAAAUAACCUCAAAAUAAAUGCACCCACCAGUCGGACGGCCAAUCGGGCGAGGAAGCUGUACGUCAGUGAGAUGGUGCACAAGAUCGAUCUGGCGAUUAAUGAGCGUGGUACGGAGGGUGGUGCCGUUACGAUCACCGCCAUGGAGCGAUCGCUACCACCGGUGAACUUUCGCGUGAGAGGACCAUUCCUGCUUGCCAUACGGCACGAUCCUACCAAGAUGCUACUAUUCUACGGAGCUGUGUUUGAUCCUUCGUAGGAGAGACACUAUCCUCUUCCCACCUUGACCCACUACUCCAAAUGCACAGUCUUGCCUUAGUAGAUAGAUCCGUGUCCUGGGAGCAUCUUUAUCCUCCCCCCGGCGAACAUAAGCAUCCUUGCAUGCACUCAGAAAGCUGUCUAUAGUAUGAUAAGUGCGACGAAAUAGUAAAUACAAUCGCUUGAUAAGUUAAGUA